AUGUUGAAUGAUUAAAAUGCUUGGUAUGAGUUCAUAGACCCGAUUGCUUGGUUCAAUAUAGAGAGUUGGCUAGGAUGGAUUAUAUACUUCUGCUGUUUGAUCGCUGCAAUGAUUUUGGGAUAUUGGUUGUUGACAGUAAUUUUGCAUCUAUUAAAAAGUCAUUCAUUGUUCCAGAUUAUGAUAUCCACUCAAAAUUCACAAUCUUUUUAUUUUGCUUAACCUUUAGUUUGAGUACUAUGGCUUUGGGGAUGUUCAUUUUUGAGAUCUUCAAGAUUGGACAAUCAUAAACUCGACCAAAAUUAUGGUCAUUCACUUUAUUUAGCGACGUUUUAUUAUUGCUUUACAUAUUGCCUUCUUUAUCAUUGAUUUUCAUAUUCCAAAGGUGGGGCUUUAACAAAUACCCUAAACUAUGUAAAUAUUCAAUCUAUUCAACAAGGCAUUGCUGGAUUUCUGUCUAUAAUUCUUAUUAUUCUGUAUUUAGUGUAGAAGUUCCAUCCAACUAAUUUAGAUUUUAAACUGGCUUCCUAAAUAGAUUUCAUCACCAACAUAGGAACAUAUAUGAUAGGAAUUUUGUCAGGAUUCGGUGCAGUGUAUUGUCCUUGGGCAUAUUUCCAGAUGAUUAGUUUAGAUAGUAAAAUCUAUAUUUAGAAUAGUUAACAAGGUGAAAUAAGGCAAGAAGGCGAUUGUAAGCAAUAUCUAUUUCAUUCUUGCGGAAAUCGAAAAGUCAGUGGUGAAAUUGGUUUUGAUCAAUGAGCAAUACAGACAUAAACUGAAUGGGGAAGAGAAGCCAACUUUCUUUUGGGCCAGAAUAACGAGUUGGUUUAAAAAAACACCUACGGAAUCACAGCAAAGAAAAGAUUUGAAGGAAGAACUACGUUAAUUAAAGGCCAUUCACAGUUAAUUGUAUGAUCAUUUCAAAGAUUACAUUGAUGAGGAAACCAGGUACUAUCAAUCCAAAUCUUUGUAUGGCAAAUUCCUUAAGAGACUGGCAUGGAUUGUAUUGAUUUAUUGUAUUUACAAAAUGAUAAUGAGUACAAUCAAUGCGAUUUGGGGAAGGAAGAAGUCAAUAGAUCCAAUCAGUAGGAUUCUAAAAGUUAUCUUGCCAUUUUUUGGAUUUGAAUUGGAUCAAAUUACUUAUGAGACUCUUGCUAUGUAUGGGACAUUCAUUUUUAUGGGUUACUUGAUGUUCAGCAAUGUUAGAUCGUUCUCCUUGAACUUAGUUAACAUCUUUAACACUUUUAUGGGCAUGGCAGUUCUCCAGAAAUUACCUUAUGAAAUUAUGGUGCUAUUUAUUGCUGAGGUGUUUGGAGUGUAUCUUUUAUCAACAGUUAUUUUAUUGCAAACAAGCUUACCAGAUAGCUUCAUAUCUAAUCUGAAAGAAUAUUCUUAAGGUAUUGAAAUAUUAAGCCACUAUGAAAAAAUUGAUAAAUUAUUUUUAUUAAGUGGUUUUAUAAGUACAUUAAUAAUAUAUGCAAAUUAUCAUAGAAGAAAAUCGAAAUUAGAAAACUUUGAGAAAUCAGAUUUGAAAUUACGGGAUUGA